GGGGCGGGGCCGGGGGUGGCGGUCGCUGAGCGCCUCUGCCCGCAGCGCCCGUGUCGGCGGCCGUGGCCGCGGCUCCCUCCGAAGGGGCGAUGUCCAACGGUGUGUACGUGCCGCCCAGCGCCGCCAACGGGGACGUGAAGCCGGUGGUGUCCACCACACCGCUCGUGGACUUCCUGAUGCAGCUGGAGGACUACACGCCUACGAUCCCGGACGCCGUCACUGGCUAUUACCUCAACAGAGCGGGCUUUGAGGCCUCGGACCCGCGCAUCAUCCGUUUGAUCUCUCUGGCCGCGCAGAAGUUUAUUUCUGACAUUGCCAACGAUGCGCUGCAGCACUGCAAGAUGAAGGGAACAGCCUCGGGCAGCUCCCGCAAUAAGAGCAAGGAUAAGAAGUACACACUGACCAUGGAGGACCUGACACCAGCACUCGCGGAAUAUGGCAUCAAUGUGAAAAAGCCACAUUACUUCACAUAAAGACUGAGGGAUUGUCUCGGAACUUUUUUAGGGUUGCUUCUGUGCCAUUAAACAGCUCGGUAGUCUUUUU